UAAAGGGAAUAGAGAUGAUAAUAGAGAUCAUCAUACUGAGAAAGACAAUAAUUCCGUACGGGUACAACAACUCUUAUUUAAACGAAGUAAAAAAAAUGCAAUCUUUGUUGUCUAAUAGAACAAACACUAAUACCUUAAUUGAGUCGGUCAAAAUAAAAUCUGUUUAUCAAAGUGCUUCUCCGAUUGCUCAAGACAUCUCUUUGCAACUGAGGAAGAAAACAAGAUCAUUUCGUUCCAUUUUUAGAAAAAUAGUGAAAGAGAUUCCAUUAGUAAUGAAAAAAGGGGUUUCGGGGAUCCGUAUAUGUUGUUCAGGUCGAUUAAAAGGCGCAGAAAUAGCUAGAACUGAAUGCGGAAAGUAUGGAAAAACAUCUCGUAAUGUAUUUAACCAGAAAAUCGAUUAUGCUCCUGCGGAAGUAUCUACUCGUUACGGAAUAUCAGGUGUCAAAGUGUGGAUUUCUUAUAGUAAAAAAAAGGGGGGACGUGCUAUAUCCAAAACGUACGAAAUAUAGUAAAUAUCGUAAAGGCAGAUGUAGUAGGGGUUGCAAACCGGAUGGUACAAAACUUGGUUUUGGAAGAUAUGGCACUAAAAGUUGUAAAGCUGGUCGUCUUUCAUAUCGAGCCAUUGAAGCAGCGCGUCGGGCUAUAAUCGGACAAUUUCAUCGUGCUAUGAGCGGACAAUUCCGAAGAAAUGGUAAGAUAUGGGUAAGAGUUCUCGCGGAUCUCCCUAUUACCGGGAAACCUACAGAAGUAAGAAUGGGAAGAGGGAAAGGAAAUCCUACGGGUUGGAUUGCUCGUGUGUCCACGGGACAAAUCCCAUUUGAAAUGGAAGGUGUGAGUUUGUCAAAUGCUCGACAAGCCGCUACAUUAGCGGCGCAUAAACCAUGUUCGUCAACCAAGUUUGUUCAGUGGUCGUAACGUAAUUGGUUAGUGGGGAAAAACCGGGCCCAAAUUCUAAAAAAUUAGGCGAAGUGUUUGUUCCUGAACGACGGAAGUGGAAAGACACUAAGGGAGAGGGAUAUACUCCUUUCUUUUUGUAAUCGCCGAAAUUGUACGACGAACCUUUUUGUUUCAGGCAUACGACCCAUAUAUGUUACGGUCUU